AUGCAUCCUGCAGGCUGACACAUGCCUACCUGCCGUCAUGUCAGCAGAUAACAAACCUCCGCCAGCCUCAGUGAAGUCCUACUGAACGAUAGAGAUCUGCUGAGAGGAAAUGAGAGGAUACCGAGGCAUCAAAUACACUCUGUUCAUCUGCUGCUACGUCUUCUGGGUCGUGAGCGCCGUCCUCAUAGCGGUGGGCAUCUAUGCCAAGAUCGCCAAAGAGAAAGAUGUGGUCGACACACUGACAGUUGAUCCAGCUCUGCUGUUGAUUGUCGUCGGCUCAGUGAUGUUCUUCAUCACGUUCCUUGGAUGUUGCGGGGCGCUGCGUAAUACCAUCUGCCUGCUGAAGACGUUUCUGGGGAUCCUGGUGGUCGUCCUGCUCCUGCAGAUCGCUGCUGGAGUCACGGGAUAUUUCUUCACUGACAUGGUGAUGGAGAGGACGGAGAAGCUGAUGCUGAAGGCCAUCGUCCAGUACAGGGGGGACCAGGACCUGGAGAACGCCAUCGACUUCAUCCAGAAGAAGUUUCAGUGCUGUGGAGUAGAGAGCUAUAAGGACUGGUCCAGGAACGUCUACUUUGAGUGUUCCGACAACAACCCCAGUCUGGAGGCCUGUGGAGUUCCCUUCUCCUGCUGCAUUCGCUUGCAGAACCAGACGGUGCUGAACACCAUGUGCGGUUAUGGGAUGCAGCAGUUGCAGGAGCGUUUGGCCGCUCAGGAUAUCUUCACCAUCGGCUGCCUGGAGAAAAUCGUGUGGUGGGCCAAAAACAACCUGCUGCUGGUGGCCGGUCUAACCGGAGGCCUGCUGCUGCUCGAGGUCUGCAUGAUCAGUCUGGCUGCUGCUCAGAUCUCCAGGAUAAAGAAAGUCCAGCGAAAUAAGAAAGAAAAUGCAGUGAGAAGCAAGUCGGAGAGGAAGGACAGCUACUGGUAUCCUGCUUUUACAAAGUUUGACGACGAAUAGAUUCCCCUUCUGAGAGAUCUGCAGCUCGGAAAAAUCUCUGGUGAAUUUCUCUAAUUAGGGAUUUUCUCUUGAUCUGGGUCAGAAACACAAUCUGAAUGUUGAUUGAACGGAGUGAGGCAUCUCUGUUUACACUGUGAAUUUAUAGUUCUGACGUGUUAGUCCUGAAGCUGAGGCUCCUUCAGUCAGUGAAUGUGUUAAGUCUCAGAUUCCUCAGCAGGACGUGGAGCUGUUCGACUACUACCUCAUGUAAAAAGCUCUUUACAUCAGAUUUCUUAGAAAACCAUCGUCAGCACUGAACAGCUCUUUAACUGCACACACUGGUGGCUAAUAAAAUUUCUAGUAUUUGAAAUUCAUUGCUGCGACUGAUCGCUCCUGAGCCACAACAUUAUGUGAAAAGAAUUUUAUAUUCUAAAAAGCUGUUACUUGUAGAUGAAUUAAAAUUCAACACUGACAUUUUCAGUGUUGAAUCGUACAGCAGAUGUAAUGUGCUGAGUAUUUUUAAAUAAAUACGUUCAUUCAUGCAGGUGAGAAUAAAGCUUGAUACAGU